CACUUCCCCUCGCGUUGCCGCCAAUUUGUAAGAUUUUGCUAUCAUCUGCAUUUUUCCGUUGUGAUUAUAUGGAUUCCAGUUUUUCCUCCACGCGUUCGCAGGUUCCGACCUGCAUUCCUGCAGCGUUCGGUUUCAAAUGAACUAAAAAGUGACUUCCCGUGCAAAAAGCCUGAUUCGCGUUUGUUUCAUUUUCUUGGUACGGAAUGCCGAGUAACUGUUUCUUGUGUGCAAGUGAUGAAGGAAUUUUCCUCGAUAUUUCUGAGGAUCAGGCCUUUUUCCGAAAAGUAGAAACCUGUCUUUCACUCAAGGCUUCUAAAGAAGAUGCUCUAUCGACCAAAAUUUGCCACAAAUGCGCCUACGAGGUCGAUAAAUGUUGUGAUUUUGUUCACAAGUAUAAAGAGUCGCGUAAAAAGUUAGAAAAGAAUCCGAACAAGCCGAGGAAGCCAAUUUCGUGCAAUUUUUGCCAGGAAGCUGCAAAGACGGGAUAUAUUUUCCAUUUGAAAAAGACAAACCGAUAUAACGACGCAUUCAACAAAAUAUUCUACCUGUUCGAAGACGAUUUGAGUGAUUCGAAAAAUAUCUUCAUCUGUCUCUGGUGUCGUUAUUCGUUAGAUGUUUUGUACGAUCUGAAGGCUGUUUCCGAGGAAGUUUCCGAAAAAUUGAUUCAGAUUGUAGAGGAAGGGACUGACGUUUCUCUUUUGCCGAAGACAAGGACGUUCAUCGUUCGUCGCAAGACAACGCACGUAAAAGGUCCCAGGAUCGACUUACACACACCGUCCGACACGGAGAGCGACUCAAACACAAUGGCACGCGGACGCGAAGCUUCCGGAAAGACGAGCGCUGCCGGCGCCGGUGCCGGUGGCGACAAGGUCAGUAAAAAGACGAAAAACCGCUUUUGCGACGAGUGCGAAACUGAAACCGAGAAGGGGGUGGACAUGUUUAGAAUUCACCGAACGGGGCGCACAGUCUGCAAAGAUUGCUGGAUUCGAAUGGAUCCCGACAAGGACACGCGCAAGAACAAGCGCAAGAGGAACGCGAGUGAAAAUAUCGAUCCGAAAACGUGCAAAGUGUUUUUAAAGGACAUUACUUCCAACAGCCAGGAACCGAAACCAUAUCGCGUCGACAAAUCCGAGGAUGGUAAACUCGUUUACACAAUCACGGACGACAGUUCCGGCAGCGAGAGCCGAUCGAGUACAAAAACAAAGGCCCAGCUGAAACAGCUUCCCGAGAUGAAGAAACUUCCCGAGACGAAGAAAAUUGCCGAGACGAAGAAAACUGCCGAGACGAAGAAAGUGGCUGAGACGAAAAAAGUUGCCGAGACGAAGAAACUUGCCGAGAUCAAAGAACUUCCCGAGAUAAAGGAAGCUCCGAGAAGAGGUCGACCUGCCAAAAACAAAGAGGUUGCCAAAGCAAAAGAGGUUGCUAAAGCGAAAGAGGUUCCAAAAGCAAAGGAGACUGCGAAAAUAAAAGAGGUAGCGAAAGCGAAAGAGCCGACUCGUGUAAUAUCGAAAAGAACUCGCAAAGCCAGCAAUGUGGCUGUUGAAACUUCCGAUGACGAUAAACCAAUAGCGAGUAGGGUGGAAAAAGCUGAAAGCACGGAGAAAAAUGAAAGACCGAAGAGAGGCGGAAAAGUGGAGAAGCAGGAGAAAGUUGAAGAGGUUGAGGAAGAGAAGCUCAAGGAAAAGCCGGCAAGACGACAAAGAGCCAAGUCUGAGAAACCGGCUCCUGUGGCUAAAACGGUUCCAGCGGCUAAAACGGCUCCUGCGGCUAAAACGGUUCCUGCGGCUAAAACGGUUCCUGCGGUUAAAGCAGCUCCGGUGGAGAAGUCAACUUCAGUUGAGAAACCAGAUCCCGUGGAGAAACCAGCCCCCGUAGAGGAGUCAAUUCCAGUGGAAAAACCAGAAGUGGAGAAACCAGAUCCGGUGGAAAAGCCAGCUCCGGUGGCUAAAUCAGAUUCCGUGGAGGAGCCAACUCCAGUCGAGAAAUCAGGAUCUAAAAGGCUAAAACGAGCAAAUGGCAAUCAGAGUUCGGACUCGGAUGUUCCAAAAACAAAGCGAAGUAGAAGCAGUUCCGUGGAGUCUGUGGGUAGCACCAAGGCGACAAAAUUGGCGACUCGGCCAGUUCGAAAGGCGAGAAUUCGAGAGGACAGUGAGUCAGCUCACAGUGAAGACUCGUCGCAAACGGAGGAUCUUGUAAAAAGAAAAAGGAGCGGACGAAGUAAUUCUGUCGUUUCGGCGGGUUCGGAUGCCACCUCGCCUUCCGCCAGUUCGAAAAAAGGAGGCAGGAGUGUUGUCAAGGCGGAGAGUCCGAAAUUCAAAAGUCCCUCGUCGAUUGUUCCGAAGCCGAGUGUUGCCAAAAGAGGAAAGGGACGGCCGAGGAAGGAGGAGGUGUUUGAACGAACUUCCUACAUUUGUGCGGCCUGUGAAAGUGAUUUUAUUGACUGCAAGGAGUACGGUGUGCACCAGGAGUCGCAUUUGAAGAUUAUGAAGAUUAUACUUGAGAGGGUGAUUGUUGAAGAGAAGGUGAUUGUUGACGAGAAGAUGAUCGUUGAAGAGACGCCGCUUGUUGAGGAGAAGGAGAAGGAGCCGAGUGAAAGAUUGGCGCUCGUCGAGGAGGAAGCUAAAGACGCGAGUAUGGAAGAGGGCGAGGUGAUUGAGAAAAGUAAGGAGCCCGAGGAAACAAAUGGAGAGGCUGAAAAGUCCGGGGAGAAAGUGUUGGCUCUUGAAGAGAAAAAAUCAGUUCAAGAGACGAUAGAGCCGAUUGAGAAGGAGAAGGAGGGGGCGAGAGAGGUGGAAACGAAGGAUUUGGAGGAGGAUAAAACCGUAGAAAAGGACGAUAAAGCCGAACCAAUCAAAGAUCAAUCCGAAUCAGUCAAAGACACUGAAUCAAUUAAAGAUGCGGAAUCUGCUGAUCGAGUGGAAGCAGCACCGGAAGACAAGACUGAGGAGGAAAAGAGUCAGGACGAGGAUUCUCAGUCGCAGGAUGAAGAUCGUGAGAAUCUUGAGGAUCUUCUUCAGCGAGAAGAGCUUCAGGUGAUUGACGAAGUUGCCGACUCGGCGAGUUCCGCGGUCGAUCCUGACGAGGAGGUAGACAAGGAGGUUUUAGAGGAUAAGGAAGUUUCCGAUAAGGAGAUUUUAGAUAAGGAUGUUUUGGAGAAGGAGAUUUUAGAGAAGGGCGAAUCGAUUGAGGAGGGAAGUCAGGAGGAUUUCAAGGUCGACUAUAAUGAAGGUUCGCAGGAAAGUGGUGUCGAAUUGACGACAGUGGAGCUUGAUGCUGAACCAGCUGAGAAGGAAGAAUCUUUGGAAAAGGAAGGGGCAAAAGUACCUCUUGAGGCAGAAAUUGCAGAGAAAGAGGACGCGGCAAAAGAAUCUGUAGUGGAAGAAAUUAAAGAGAAAGAAGAGGCGGCAAAAGAAAUGACAGUGGAGGAAGAAAUUGCAGAAAAAGAAGACGCGGCGAAAGAAGACGCGACAAAAGAAGACGCGGCAAAAGAACCUCUGGAGGCAGUGAUUGCGGUGAAAGAAGACGCGGCAAAAGUACCUUUGGUGGAAGAGAUUGCAGCGAAAGAGGACACAGCAAACGAAUCUUUAGCGGAGGAAAUUGCGCCGAUAGAAUUAGUGAAAGAUUCAACAGAAUCGCCAGUGCAGGAGGAAAAUUCCAGCAAGGAAUUGAAUGCUGUUGAAAUUUCCCGACAUUCCACACCGACAAGGGACGAGGUUGAGAUUCCGAUUAUCGACAAUGAAUCGGAGAAGCCAGCCGAGGCAAUGGAGGUGGCUCAAGUUAUCGAGAAUCCAAUUGAGACAAUUGAUUUUACCGAGGACAUCAUUCAAACGGAAGAAAUUGCCGAGGAUGAGAUAAUUGGCGAUGAUCUUUUUGAACAUUUGCCCCAGGUGAUUGCCGAUGUUGUUCAAAAUGGGCUGGAAGUCGAGAAUCCUGGUGAAGUUGUUGAUCAGAUUAUCAGUGAAGUACAGAUUGAGUCGGAAAUUGUCGAGGACAUCACCACGGAAAUUGUGAAAGAGAUUGAGACGUCGAGACUCGAAAAUGAAGAAAACGCGCUGGCAGAUGAGAACGCGUUGGUAAAUGAGAACGCGCUGGCAGAUGAGAAUGUGCUGGCAGAUGAGAACGCGUUGGCAGAUGAGAACGCGACGGCAGAAGAGGCAGUGACGGAGGUUCUUCAGGAAGUUUUCGAUCUCGCGACAACGGAAGUGGAGAAGGAGACGGUGAAAGCGACUGGCUAUAUUCCGUCGCAGGAUCUUGAGGAGAUAUCCAAUGACGGUUUAAAUGGAGAUGACAUGCCAAUUUUGGAUACGGACGAGUCCAAUUUGUGAGUUUGAAAUUUAAGAAAGAGAAAAAAAAAGCGCGCGCGAUUCGUCUUUCUCUGUACAUUGUAAUUCUCGAAUCUAGACUCUGUGAAAGUUUUUUGGACGUGGUUUUUUUUUUUUUUGUUUUUUUUUUCUUGAGGGAAAGAUCAGAUUUUAUAUAUACGUGUAAUGAUAUAUGAUGAUAUAUGCACCUAACAUAUACAUAUAUAUAUAUAAAAUAUACGUAGAUUAUUCAACAAACAAACAAACAGAAAAAAAGUAAGAAAGAAAGAAGGUAUGUCUAAAAAGCUGAAAUUGUUGUUUAAUGAUAAAAAAAAAAUAAUAAUAACGAGAUUCGAUUUCUGGCCAGCGGAAUAAUAAUUUUUGGAAAGAAUUGUUAUCAAGUCUUUCCGUUAUAAUGAUAGCAAGAAAACUUAGAGUUAAGAGAUUUCAUAUUCUAUAAAUUCGUUUUUAUUUACCACUUUGGAUGUAAAUAGUAUCAUGGCAUCCUUGCACACCUCCGAAUUCUUGGUUUAUAAGUUGUUUUUUUUUCUGUCUUUCGUAUGAAAAAAAAAAAAGAAAAAGAAGAAGCAGAAGAAAAUAUGGGAUCGGAUGAAUUUGAAUUUGGUUUGAAAGAGCCGAGAAUGGAGAGAAAUGUAUGUAAUUAAAGUACAAAGUGUUUGUACGCCCUUGAAAUGCAUGUAAUAAAAAUGUAAGUAAUGUGAUUUCUCUAUGUUUGUUGAAUAAGGAGUUAAGAGAGUCAAAAACUUGAUAAUAUUCAAUUAUCGAAACAGCUUUUUUCAUUUUUUCUUUUUAAAUUUUAGAAUCAAUUAGUACUUUGUGUUUUUUUUUUUAUUUGAAAAUUAUGUUUUUAAAAAAGUUUUUUUUUGUUAGUCGCGAAUCUUCAAAAUGAUGGUGCAAUUACAUUUUUCGAGUCGAGGUUUUUUAAAAUUAAAAUUGAUUCGUCUUUUUCUUUUUUUGGUAUGAUUUUACAAAAAUCGGGUGUGUCUAUUGAAAGUAAAUUGAAUAUUCAUUCCAAAAAGAAAAGAGAAUAAUUAAAAAAUAAGGUGAUAAGUUGAAUACUCGGGAUCAAAAUUUUUGACUUUAUCGGAUCUAAAUUCUUGAGCUUUUGUGUUUUUGUAAUAUAACUUUUGUGUUUGAAAUUAGUUGUAGAAUUAGAUUAAUUAAUUUUAUUUCGAUUGAAAUAACGCAACUACUUACAAAGUGAUUCUACUUAAUUAAGUGAAGAAGAAGAAGAUCGUAGCACUGGAAUAUUGCAUAAAUAAAAUUAAAAAAAAAAAUUGUGGUGAGCGUAUUGUGUUAGUUUUGAAGAAGUAAAUCAAUCAAUCAAUUUCUCGCUUCACUAGAAAUUUCAUAAUCUGAUUUUACCUGCAUUAUCUUGGAAAUUGUGACGAAUCCGAUCAUACAUAAUUUUAUGUAGUAUUAAUCUUAGUAUUUAACGCUGACAAUUCUGUUAAGUAUUUCGCGAGUUUUAUAUCAUUUUUGUUGACGGUGCUGCACAAAUAUACAGUUAAGUCCAUGA